AUGUAUGCAGGAGGUGAAGUUUCAGCCAUCGGUAUUGAUCUUGGGACCACCUACUCUUGUGUGGCUGUUUGGGUGCAAGACCUUAUUGAGAUCAUAGCAAACGAUCAAGGAAACCGCACAACCCCCUCCUAUGUUGCCUUCAAUGACACUGAACGUUUGGUUGGGGAUGCUGCCAAGAACCAGGCUGCCUACAACCCCACCAACACCAUCUUCGAUGCUAAGCGGUUGAUUGGAAGAAGAGUAAGCGAUGAAGUUGUUCAGGAAGACAUUAAGUUGUGGCCUUUUAAAGUGGUGGCUGGGAGUGGCGACAAGCCAAAGAUUGUAGUAAAAUACAAGGAUGAAAAGAAGGAUUUUUCUGCUGAAGAGAUAUCUUCCAUGAAUUUGAUGAAAAUGAAAGGGGCUGCUCAGACAUUUCUUGGUUCGACUGUUGAAAAUGCAGUGAUUACUGUUCCAGCUUAUUUCAAUGAUUCUCAACGACAAUCAACAAAGGAUGCUGCCAAGAUUGUUGGACUGGAAGUUCUGCGCAUGAUUAAUGAACCUACAUCAGCUGCUAUAGCUUAUGCUCUAGACAAGAGGGCUAGCACUGAUGGCAAGAUGAAUGUACUAGUGUUUGACCUGGGUGGUGGCACCUUUGAUGUCUCCCUUCUCACCAUUGACGAAGGGGGAAUCAUCGAGGUUAAGGCCACAGGUGGUGACACACAUCUAGGAGGCGAGGAUUUUGAUAACAGAAUGGUUAAUCAUUUUGUCCGAGAAUUCAAGAGAAAGCACAAAGAAGAUCUUAGUGGUAAUCGUAAAGCUUUGGCCAGGUUGAGGGUUCAUUGUGAGAGGGCAAAGAGGAUUAUUUCAACAGCUAUUCUGACUACAAUCGACAUUGAUUGCUUGUUUAAUGGUGUUGAUUUUUCUGCAAAAUUUACUCGUGCCAAGUUUGAAGAGGUUAACAUGGACUUGUUCAAGAAGUGUAUAAAGACUGUGAAAACUUGUUUAAAGGAUGCAAAUAUGGACAAGAAGAGCAUUGAUGAAGUAGUUCUUGUUGGUGGAUCGACUCGGAUUCCCAAGGUACAACAAUUGUUGCAGGAGUUUUCUGAUGAGAAGUUACUUUGUUGCGAGCAGAUCAAAUCCUGA